GGCUGGUGAAUCCAGCAGUGCACCAUCAGCCCGCCAACUGGAGGAACGCGUUGACCACGUAGUGGCAAUGCUAGGAGACAUCAGUGCCUUCGCAGAGCCGACCACCAUCAGCCAGCGGUUCGAUGUGCUGGACACCAAGAUCAGUCAGCAACAGCAGACUGACCACAGCCACAACAACAGCUCGGCGAGGCCUUACAAGAUGCCGACGUUCCGGAUCGAAAAAUUUGAUGACUACACACAUCAAGACCCGGUAGUCUGGUGGCAAGGAUUUACAACAGAGUUGGGGAUUCACGAGGUUCCCGACCAUCUGUUCAUCAACACCAAGGGAGGAUGUCAAGUCUGGCUCAGCCACAUGGCAACCAUCCAUGGCGUCCAGGUUUCGGACCUGUACAAGAAGGUCUCCUGGGAGGAUAUGACAAAGGAAUGGAAGACGCGGUUCAUCGUCGACGACGCCCCGACACUCGCCAUCAACCGCAUCUUCACGAUGGCUCAAGGAAGCACACCGACACGUGACUGGCUCACGGAUUGGCAGAAGAUCGUGGCCACGCCUGAUCUGGACUUGCUAUUUCCUCAUCUGCGUCGUGAGUUUUACAACAGGUCAUGCGCCGCUCUCAGCCUCGCACUGGGUGAUCGCGAGCAGUACAACACUUUCGCAGAGAUCAUCAACAAGGCGAGAGAGAUCAUCAAGACCAACAGGCCGGCUGCACACGAGAAGUCAACAUGGCAGCCGACCUAUGAGGAGAAGGUAAAGACUGGUCCGCGGCCGCAGCAUGUCGCUGCAGUCCAAUCGGACAGUGGAGAAGACCCGGCAGCCGCCCAAGCAUCACGUGAGGGAGAUCAGGUGGCUGUUGUCCAGCCGCGAAGCAACAACAAGUCCCGAGGUAAUGGGAAGGCGAAAUCAGCAUCGCAAGCCGGAAACGGACAGCCAGCACCAUGGGUCAAGUUCGGCUUGACCGAGACGGAGUACAAGUACUGCGGCCGCAACGGGUGCUGUUACUGGUGCAACAACGCCAAGCACAAGACCUCCCUUUGCCAGAUUUGGCCAGGAGGAUGUGCGGCCUCGUCUUARCUCGGGAAACUGAGUUCCGCGGGAGGUGAGGCGACUCCACCUCCCACUCCACCAGAUUCGGCCGCCUUGCUAGCGGCCUCCUACACAUCUGGGGAGGAUGCAAAUGUCGUAAGUUCUCGAUAUACUUACGAGGACUAUGCUGUCCACUUGGUCCCACCGUUGGACCAACCGMUCCACGUGCAACAAUCCAUCGCAUGCACGGCUUCACCACCAUCGRCAACCGAUUCGGCAGCUUCGCCGCUAUCUAUCGCCGGGGAUUCAUCGUCAUGGUCAAGACUUGAGGUGCUCGACCCACUGACGUUCACGGACUUCCAGUGGAUGUCCGUUCCCCCGACCGGUCGAUUGCCGAAACCGCAUUGCAACGUGCUCAUGGCACAAUUGCGGGAUUACUUGCACACUGCAAUACCGACUCCGUUGAUGGACGCCGGAGUAGAGGUUGUCGACCUUCACGCUUACAUUGUGAAGAUCGACCGCGAGUUCAAGACGCAACAGUACGACGACAUCGACGCACCAUUGCUGUACGUACGCAUUCAGAUCGGACAGGCGACCUGCAGCGCUUUGAUCGAUUGCAGAGCGACUCGCAACUACAUGAGUCAGGACUUCAUGGUACGCGCCGGCCUUGGCCCACGAGUCCGAAGGAAGUCCCAGCCCACGCAAGUCACGUUGGCCGACGGUCACACGCACAAGUCAAUCGACCGGUGCAUUGAUGACGUCCCAGUGUACUUUGCCCCUCACGCAAGUGAGCCGGUGUCCUUUGACAUUCUGGACACCAAAUUCGACAUGAUCUUGGGCAUGUAAUGGCUGCGAAGCGAGGACCACCCGGUGAACUUCUACCGCCGCACCAUUCACGUCCGUGAUCGGAACGG